GUUGGAAAAUACCAAAGCCAAGGAAUUUGUGAGGGCCACUUUUUUUUUUUCCUCUUUGUUUAAAAGGAAACUUUGAAAUCAUGUCGAACAAAAACCAAUAUAAUGUCCUUGUUGACAUGGAAGAUGCUGCUUAUACGCAGCCUGCAACGAUUGAGAGUGAUGGUUUAGAAUUUCAAGACUUUUCAACAAAUACGAAUAAGACAUCAUUCCAUACAGCCGCACCUCCCCCUUUAGCAGAACCUUCCGGCAAUACAGGCUUUUUUGACUCACCUCAACCAAGCAGCGGCAACAACAACGGCAAGCCUAUUUGGUCACUUGAUUACUACGCUACAUUUUUUGAUGUGGAUACGUCCCAAGUACUUGAUCGAUGCUUAAAAUCCAUGUAUCCAGUUGGCGAUUAUGCAGCAGACACAUUGAACAACCAACCUGAUUUAUAUGGGCCCUUCUGGAUCGCCACAUCGGUGGUGUUUUCUGUCUUUGUCUGUUCUUCUUUAGCUGGAUCUCUAGCUGCAUACAUUGCUGGUAAACCUCAUGUAUAUGACUUUACCUUGUUAAGUUUUGCCGUAUUCGUUGUUUACAUGUACGCCUUUUUGUGUCCCGCUUUGGUUUGGGCUUCUACAAAAUAUUUUGGUUGUAGACCAAGUUUAUUGGAGAUCAUUAACUAUUAUGGUUAUGGUUUGACGAUUUGGAUUCCUGUAUCUUUAUUAUGUAUUAUUCCAUAUGAUUAUGCAAGAUGGGCCUUUGUUGGUAUUGCAUUUGCAAUCACAUCUGUAUUCUUGGUGAAAAACCUGUAUAUCGUCAUUUCUAGAACAGACGCCAAGACAUCACGUAUUAUUCUAUUGGCUAUCUUGGGUGCUCAUGCCAUCUUUGCAUUAGUGCUUAAAAUGGCUUUCUACAGCUAUAAUUAUGUUAAGGAUGUUGAUAACAAUGCAGGCACAGACCCAAAAUAAUAAAGAAUAAAAAAUAAGCGAU